CGGUUUAUUUAUUCAGGAGCAUCAUGCUGGAUUGAAUCCAUAUUUUGAAUCCAUAUUUGGCAAACGGAGGGGAAGAGGUGGAUGUGUGUGGAGCAGCAGCGGUGAGUGGUCGCCGCCGGACAGACCAACCUGUGCUUGGCUCUACCCGGAACCAUUAUGCAGACAGGAAACUACCAUUUUAACGCUAGCAGCAUCGGAGGAGCCGUCGUAUACAGAGGGGGGGCACCUAAAUCUGACACGGGGCGGAAAACAGCAAACCGAGGAGAAAAGAAGGAAAAACACGACGGAAACAAAACAAAGGCGCCGUUUGGGUGAAGACGAGCAGUAAGCCGGUGGAGCGGUAGGAAUUUGGCGGCAGACAAUGGACAUAUCGGGCCAGGCCAACGGAAAUACUUUUUGUUAGCGAGUGAAAAGCAGCCCUCCCGGGCCGAUGGAGAGCCAGGCCUUUCACAGUGUUUUUCCAUGGAUGAAGAAAAAGGCCCCGCUGACGGGCAGUAGGGACCCCGCUCUCACGGCGCACUCCCCGCUCGAUGUUUUCACACUUUUGCUCCCAUGUUUCUGAGCUUUUCUUUGCACCUAUCCAUAUUGGGCUUCAAGGCUGUCGACCUGAAGUCGGCGGAGAGAGCAGACAUUUCCCCAAAAAAAAACAGCUGCGGUCCAGCAGGGAGCUCCAGCCCUGGAGAUCAAUCGGCUGUCCGAAGAACUCCGUGAGGGGGACAGAAGGGCAGUGAAGCAAUGGUUCACCCUCCACUGAAAUAACACACACUCCACUUGAUGGGACUACUGACCUGAAUUUUAAAAAUCCGCAGAUGGUUAUGGAACCCUUUAAAGAAACACUACAGACAGUUUUUUUUUUUUAGUAUAAUUUAGUUUAUUGCCUAUUUAUGACCUUUUUUAAAAAAAAAUUUUUUAUAAAAUCUUACAGAAGCACUCUCAAAUGAAGAGUACAAAUAUUUAUACAUUUAUGUGAAAAAACUCGAGCAUCGGCUUUUGGUGGAAUAUAGCAGUUUGUUGGAAGUGUGAGGGUCAGGACUACCUCUGAAAAUCCCGCCUGGUCGGUUUGACGAGGGGUUGCUGCUGUUUCCAGCAGAUAAACCGGCAUAGUGCACGUGGCAGUUGUGGCUACGUGUCACUUUGCCACAGCUGUAUUGGAAGAUGUUCCAGUUCAGCAAGUACCCCAUGGACAUUUUGGAGAUGCUGAGUGGACACCAGGCCCACCAGUUCAAGGGCCUCGGGUUGGAACGACAGCUGAGCCACCAGCAGCAGGUCCAGCUGCAGCAUCAGCAGCAGCUCCAGCAGCAGCACCAGCCCUCCGCUGACGGCUCUGGGAGCCUCCUGUCUGGCCUCGGCCUCGGCUCCCUCCAGAGUUCUCGCAGCAACGCCUUCGCCGACUCCUCGUCCCUAUUCGCCAAAAUGGGCGCCCCUCCCCCAUCCAUCUCCCAUCAGAGCCAGUCGUCCUCUUCGUCCCACAGCUCCAGGAAGUCCAGUAAGAUGAGCAGCAGCAGUAGCAGCAGCGGGAGCGGGAGCUCGGGGUACCCCCAGUUCCUGCGGCCUUUCCACCCGGCCGAGGCUGCGCUGGCUCAGGAGCAGCUCCACUCCGGGAUGGGCCGCUUUGACUUUGGCGGGAGCAGCAGUGGAGUUGUCACGCCUGCGCCCCCUCCUCCACCGCUGCAUCCGGGUCUCUCUGUCCCUCAGCCCUCCGCUGGUCCCACCUCUUCCUCAGCCUCUCCCUCUACCUCUUCCUCGGCCUCCAACAACCCCUCCGGCAGCACUGCGGUCCCCUUAGUCAGCCAGUCGGAUCCCCGCAGCCUCCACCAGCAGUUCAGCUGCAUGCUUGCCGCCAACCAGUACUUCCUGUCCGGCGUCCCCACCAACAGCAGCCUGGAGCAGUUCCUCGUCCAGCAAGGCACUCACAACCACUUGGGCUUGGGUCUGGGCCAAGGGGUCAGUGAGUCAAACUCGGCCCUGGCCCCUCCCCCCGCCCUUCACUCCUCCCACAGCCACAGCCACACAGCUCCACCGCCUCAGCAGCAGCAGCAGCAGCUGACCCCUCAUGCCUUAUCUCAUCCACACAGCCACACUCACCACCCGCACCCUCUCCACCCGGCCCCCCAGCCUGCCCCGCUGGGUGGCUUUGAUUUCCAAGGCAUUCCGGUCCUUUCCUCUAACCAGAUAGCGUCACUAAUGCAGCAAGAGGCUGGCCUUCCCCUCCCGCUGCCCCUGCACCUGUCCCUCUCUAAAGACGAUGCCAAGACAGGAGACAGCUCGUCUUCGUCAGCUUCGAGCGGAGGAAGCAGGAGGAAGAAGGCAAUGGCGGGCUACCUGCCCCAGAGGAAAGCGGAGAGCAGUGGUCACAGCAGUCACAGCCAUAGCAGUAGCAGUGUGGGUAACUGCCAUAACAGCAGCUCGAGUGGGCACAGUCAGAGCUCCUCAUCAGGCCUCGUGGGAGGAGGAUCCGGGGGUGUUAGGAUAAGUGGCAUUGCAAGCGAGCCAUCGCAUUCCUCUAUCCUCUCAUCGUCCUCGCAGCAGCAGUCAUCCUCCACCAUCUCCUCCUCUUCGUCUGGCCCCCCUUCCUCUAACUCCACCUCUGUGCUUGUCGCCAACCGUAACCAACAGUUGUCCAAAUCCCAAGACAGUAACUGUUCAUCUGGCCAGCCUGAACCAGAGCCCCUUUACCACUGCGGUGAAUGUGGUAAAACCUUCACCCACCUCUCCAGUCUCCGAAGGCAUCUCCGCAGCCACGGCUUGCCACCAGAAAGCCAAAGCAGGAAGUCGGACGGCAACUCCCCCAGCCCAGAGAGGGUCUUCUGCUGUGGCGAGUGUGGGAAGAGAUUUAAAAAGAGGGGUCACCUCAUCCAACACAGUGUCACCCACUCAGAAAACCGGCCUUUUGCCUGCACCAUCUGCCAAAAGUCCUUCAACCGCCGAGAGUCCCUUACAAGACACGAGAAGAUUCACGACGAGAAACCUUUCCGCUGCCCGGCUUGCGGGCGCUGCUUCCGUGAGAGCACCUCUCUUCUCAACCAUGCCGCAUCAGGUGCCUGUGGCAAACCUCCGCGGAGUUCAAAAAACCGGGCCAGCGGUGGCAGGAGUGCGUCGUCCAACCCAAACGGCAGUAAAAUGGGAAGCAAUGGAGACAGGGUGGGAAUCCCAAACGAUGGGGCAGCAAUGGCUAAUGACAAGUAUGCAACCGAUUAUUCCAGAAAUCGCUACCAGAAUCAGUCCUACAACAGUGGAGUCGAUGACUACAGGCGAUCGCAAUCCUCGUCUCUGUACUCCUCGGAGAGUACGCUAGCCGGUGACAUGACCAAUCAAACUCUGCGUAAGGCCCCUUUAGCCCCAACUCUUCAUCCCCACCCACAGAGCCAGCAACCGCAGCAGCAGCACCACCACCAACAGCCACAGCAGCCACACCUCCCCCUCUCCUCCCUACUGGACGAUUCGGAGGACGAGGUCACCAGCAGUGCAAUGUCGGCCAUCGCCGCUGCAGCCGCAGCCUCUUGUGAUAUAAACUCAGAAGGCCGGGAAGGAGAGAGGAGGGAUAUCAUUGGAGGCCUGCUGGGGGGGUUGGGGUUUGGUAACAUGGGCGGACCGUCAUCCACGUCCAGCCUCAACGGUUCCACCAUGCCCUUGACCCACCCGAGCCACCCCCACACGAAGCCCAGGAGGCCAAGGAAGCCCAGAGAAAAGAGGGACCCCAGCACCAUCGUCAGGAGACGAAGGAGCCCUGCACCUCCCGGGGACGGGUCAGAGAGGCCGUACAGCUGUCAGAUUUGUUGCAAGCGCUUCAGAAGGGCGGAGACCCUGCGGCGCCACAACCGCGUUCACACGGGGGAGAAGCCCCACCCCUGCGACGUCUGUGGCAAACUGUUCCGUGAGCCCUUCCACCUCACCAAGCAUCUGACCGUGCACUCUGGUCAAAAGAACUACAAAUGCAAUCUGUGCGGGAAGAUGUUUGCCUAUGCACAGAGCCUAGUGAGACACGGGAAGUUGCACAGAAAAGGUGAGAUUGACAGCCAGGGGAGGAGGGUGAAAGGCGCCGCUGCGGCGGCAGCUGCUGCCGCUGCCGCCGCCGCCGCCGCCAUCAGUCAAGGCGCCACCUCGGGGAACUCUGACUACUUCUCAUCCUGCUCCCAAGGAGAGAAGUCUCCAACAUCUGGCACCCCCUCUCAGAGGCUUUAUACCUGUACAGUGUGCUGGAAAUCAUUCCGCCACUAUUUCCACCUGACGGCACAUCAACAGACUGUCCACGGUGGUGGGGUAGGGCUGGAGAAGUCCUUUCGUUGUGAAGUAUGUGGUAAAGCCUUUGCCUACUCCAACAGCUUGGUGCGCCACAAGCUGUCCCAGCACGGCAUCGACCGCAGUGGCCAGCGUGUCAACCAGUCCCAACCCUCCGGGUACCCUCCGCUCUUCUAUGACUCCGGAUCAGGUUCAAACUACGCCGCAUCGUCUCACAUGCAGCAGGGGGCCUCCGGCUCGCAGCAGCAGCAGCAGCAGCAGCAGCAGCACCCUUUUCACUACCGCUCAAAAAACUUCCAAAAGCAGCAUGGACAAACAAAAAAGCAAAGGAAAAAAAAAAGGCGAGUGCUGAUCCACAGCAUCAUGAGAGAUGGAAAGCUGGUGGGUGUCCCUCUGAGCAAAGACACCCGCCGGAAGCUGUUGGUUCUGAGGAAGAGGAGGGGUCGACUGCAGGCGCAGCUCAAGAAGAAAAAGCUUCUGGCCCAGCUGAGGAUGAAGGGCGGCAUGACGAGAGCGAAGUCGUGGUACGGAGGGGCUGUCAAAGUCACCGGACUCACCUCAAUGGACAUCCCCAUCAAGCGCUUCCCCUGUCCCAUCUGCCCCAGCACCACAUACGCCAAGCAGGGUUCUCUGCUGGUCCACCACGCCACCAGGCACCCACCGAGAAACUCAGGGCGCCACACCCGUCUGCGGUGCCAGGUGUGUGGCAAGCGCACCAGCUCCCUACACAAAGCCUUGAAACACAGGGGCCAGCAUCUUAAACAAGCUGCUUUCCAGUGCCGCAAAUGCCGACACCGUUUCUGGAACUCCCAGCUUCUGGCCCGCCACAAGUUCUGCUGUCGGGGGGCGAUGAACGGUGGGAACUGGGAACUGAUGAAGACGAAAUCUCCGCCGUCGGAGGCGGACCAUUCACCAGUCGAGCUAACGGUCCCCGUUGUUGAGCUAACGCCUCCAGUUGCCGAACUAGCGGUCCCGGUUGUGGUCCAGCCCGAGAGAUCAACAGUUCUGACUGAGUUCAGUCAGUAAAAAAAAAAAAAAAAACUAAAAUGGAAAAAAAAAAGUUUUCUAGAUUAGAUUGUUUUGAUGUUUAUUUUUAUUUUUUUUAAAUAAUCCAAGAAGCAAGCAAGAGCUAGCGAGUUUUUAACAGAACAAGAUGGGAGAUUGUGGAGGGUUUAGUGUAACUAGCAUAAUAUCCCCACACCCAUCCGGGAUAUAUCUGUAUACAAUCCUAAUUUACUGCAGCAGAGGUGGUUGAUAAAUUAGAGUGGACUUCAAAAGCCCCAAAAUCGAAACCACCCUCCUCAUCUGUCCCACCUGAGGCGGAGGAACUCUGGACCAUGUGACAAUUUUUAGUAGCACCCGUUUGAUGAAAAAAAAAAAAAACAUCAAUCCAGUUUUCUUUUCAUCAUCAGUUUUUAUUUUAUUUUGAAAUUUCCCACUAGCAGUGUUUGCGCAUAAAACAGAUUGUAGAAGUGAGGUACCUUUUUAGUACCAGUUUAUUUUUUCAAAUAGUUUUCACAUUAUUCACAGUUAAACCGUAUAGUCCGUGUCUCUUGCUCUGUAUGUGUUUAUUUGUUUACCCCAGUGGAGAAUCUCUCCCUUUUUUUUACUGAGAUGACAUCUGCCCUCAAGAUAAAUGAAUUUCUUUUUUAGGAAGACAAAAAGAAAUCCUAAAGAACCUCAUUAUAUAAACGGUAAAGGGUCGUAUUGGUCGCAAAAGGCCGUUGAUAAAGUGACUGAAAAAAAGAAAAACGGAGUUAGAAGUGUUGGUGACCUUGUUUUUAAUGUACACUACUUUUGUCAUGUUUUUUUUAAAGAGGCGUGGAUGGCGAGAAAACGCGACUCAAACUGUUAACGUGUUCAGGAUUUGAAAAGGACAACAGAAAUAACCGGAGUGUACUGUACAAUUCGUAUUAUAUUUUAUUAUAUAUUGAUUCUUUGCUGUUUUUUACUCCAAGUAUCAUUUCUUUUAUUCUCGUUGGUAUUGUAUGGGUGGGAGGGAGCGAGUUGGGGACUAUCUUUGUAAAACAGCGGGAUGAGUAUAUGUAUCGAUGUGAUAUUUUUUUUUUUUCCCCCUCCCUGUACCCCUUCUGACUACUCCCUCAUUGCCACAGUUAUGCCCAAUUUUUGUAACAAAAGCGUGUACACCUAGUUCAUUACUUAGGUCCUGUCCAGACGUGUUUUUUCUUUUUUUCUGUAAAACUAAAACCUGUAAUAUUAUUACUAAAUUACUAUCCUUUUCUUUGCCUAAAAGUGAGUUGUUGAAAACCCUCAAAUAAAAAAACUGAAAUGGUA